AUGGACAUUCACAAACUGGGCACAUGCGAUUGUGAUGUCGAUAUAACAUCAAGUCCGCUGUGGGCAUGCGAAUCCGAGGCGGCUACCGAAGCUGAACUGGAUGGCAGCUCUGCAGCAGCCGCAACUCAUGAGAAAUCACGUAAAACUACAACAUCCUCGUCAAUCACAGCACUACCUGCACAACAAAACAAUGACGAAAUUCGCUGA